ACCUCUAGCAUAUGAUCAAGGGCUGCAUCCAGUUGCGCCGGUUUCCAGACAUCAACAACACCAUUACAAAUCCUUUCGUCGGCGAUGCUACUCGUCCUGUCACGCUUCGCCGCGCUCCCCCUCUUUCUGCUCUGCGCGACCACCCCCAGCAUUCUUCACGCUGCUGCGUACCCUAGGCCCACCUUCAUUGGCAUCCUCUCGGCCCUCUCACGGUACGGCAAUGGCACUGAGCGUUGCUGGUGGGUCAUGUGGCGGUGCCAGGUCGGGCUGCACGUCAUGGAGGUACAGGACGACGCGCUGUUCCCUCUGCUACACUUCGUGGCCGAUGACCUGGCGACAAACACCAAGGCGCGCUCGAGCUCGGCGGCAUGAACACGCAGGACCCUGAUGUGCGGCAUACGAAGCAGACGAGCGCACGGUCGACAAUGUGGUGCUGGGAGAGCGCAACGCCUGGCCGGUCGAGGUGGGCUUCCUUCCAACGCUCAAACGCUCAAGACUAACUUACGCGCUCCCAAGCGCCAAUUGAGCGCCCAAUGCACGAAGUGCGGAGAGUUUGGGAAGUGGGUUCUUACUCGAAAGAGUCGUUGCGUCUUACAUUCUAGUCCAAAUUUCCCGUCAUCUCGCCAUCAGAACACGAUAGACGUGAAAUAUUCCGGGCGGUGAGGUGAGCAAUAUCGGGAAGGUGUCAUCGGU